AUUUGACUCUGUGUUUCUCUCUCAUCCCUGAGUGUCACUUGUAUUCUUGAGAAGAGAGAGAGAGAUUUUGCUAGAAAACCCAAAUCUUAGGCAUUUUAGGGUUGCUGGAGUAUAGAUCACCCACCUGCUUUGAAUCAGUCUUUUUUAACCCAAAACCCUAAUUCCCUAUUUUUUUUUCUUUUAAUUUGAAAUUUUCAAAGCUCGACAAAGUAGUAAUCUACGCUCCGAUCUACUUUUCCUAAAAUUAUAUAUUAUUGGCUUGAAUUCGCUUUUGUAAAGCUCUCCCUAGAAAACCCAUGAAAUGCAUUUGUGUGUCUGAUUCGAUCGACGAGUGUCCGGAGAUUUGAUGGAAGUGAAGCUGUUCGCUCCAUGGAGGUUCGUUUUCAGUCUCCAGCUCCUCCGAUUCGGCGCCGUUUCAGGGAUUUUGUUGAUUCUAUUGUGGUCUGGAGCUGCGGAUGCUAAAGCCAGGCAUCCUUCGCGAGGUCAUGAAAGUGGAGUAUCUUCUCACUCGUGCAUCCACGAUCAGAUCAUCGAACAGAGGAAGAGACCAGGUCGAAAAGUAUAUUCCGUUACUCCCCAGGUUUAUCAUGAGCCGCCGCCGCCAAGGAGUGGUCAUCAUAAAGGAAGGGCGUUGCUUAGUGUUUCUGAGGAGGACAAGGAUGUUGUGAAACAACCUAUCAGGAUUUACUUAAACUAUGAUGCUGUUGGCCACUCCUUUGACCGAGAUUGCCAAACAGUUGGCGAUGUCGUCAAGUUGGGUGAGCCUCCUGCUUCGACCACUUUCCUUGCUUGCAAUCCUAAUCUCAAACCUCCAGUGUCCGGUGAUUGCUGGUAUAAUUGCACUUUUGAUGACAUUUCUGGGGAGGACAAAAGGCGUCGCCUACGCAAGGCUUUAGAGCAGACAGCAGAUUGGUUCAGAAGAGCAUUAGCUGUUGAGCCUGUCAAAGGGAAUUUGCGGUUAAGUGGAUACUCUGCGUGUGGGCAAGAUGGUGGUGUGCAACUUCCUCGUCAAUAUGUUGAGGAGGGUAUUGCUCAUACUGAUUUAGUUCUCUUGGUCACCACAAGACCUACUACUGGUAAUACCCUUGCAUGGGCUGUUGCUUGCGAACGUGAUCAGUGGGGACGUGCAAUUGCUGGGCAUGUCAAUGUUGCUCCCCGCCAUUUGACUGCGGAAUCUGGGACUUUGCUUUCAGCAACUCUCAUUCAUGAGGUUAUGCAUGUCCUUGGCUUUGAUCCCCAUGCCUUUGCUCAUUUUAGAGAUGAAAGGAAAAGAAGACGAACUGAGGUCACUGAGCAACAGAUGGAUGAAAAGCUUGGUAGGAUAGUGACACGCGUAGUGCUUCCACGGGUUGUCAUACAUUCGCGGCAUCAUUACGGAGCAUUUUCUCAGAACUUCUCGGGUUUAGAACUUGAGGAUGGAGGAGGACGUGGCACAUCGGGGUCCCACUGGGAAAAAAGACUUCUCAUGAAUGAGAUAAUGACUGGAUCGGUAGACACAAGAUCAGUCGUCUCGAAAAUGACUCUAGCGCUAUUAGAAGACAGUGGCUGGUAUAAGGCUAAUUAUAGCAUGGCCGACCGUCUCGAUUGGGGCCGGAACCAGGGGACUCAAUUUGUCACAUCUCCAUGUAACAUGUGGAAAGGUGCUUACCAUUGUAACACAACCCAACUAUCUGGCUGUACAUACAACAGAGAGGCCGAAGGUUACUGCCCAAUUCUAAGCUAUAAUGGAGACUUGCCUCAGUGGGCUCGUUACUUUCCACAGGCUAACAAAGGCGGUCAGUCCUCCUUAGCAGAUUAUUGUACAUAUUUCGUAGCCUAUUCAGAUGGGUCUUGUACGGACAUCAAUAGUGCACGUGCGCCUGACAGGAUGUUGGGUGAAGUGAGAGGGAGUGAGUCCAGGUGUAUGGCGUCGUCUUUAGUGCGUACUGGGUUUGUCCGUGGUUCCAUGCCACAGGGGAAUGGCUGUUAUCAGCACAGAUGUAAAAAUAAUUUGUUGGAGGUUGCUGUGGAGGGAGAAUGGAAAUUAUGCCCUCAAGCUGGUGGACCGAUUCAAUUUCCCGGUUUCAAUGGUGAAUUAAUUUGUCCGGCUUACCAUGAACUCUGCGGUACACCCGUAGUUUCUGUGCUUGGUCAGUGUCCUAAUUCUUGUAACUUCAAUGGAGAUUGUGUUGAUGGGAAGUGUCGUUGUCUCCUUGGUUAUCACGGUCAUGACUGUAAAAUCCGUUCUUGCCCUAACAAUUGCAGUGGACAUGGAAAAUGCACAACUCAAGGUGUAUGCAUAUGCGAAAAUGGAUUUACUGGAAUUGAUUGUUCCACUGCUGUGUGCGACGAACAAUGCAGCCUACAUGGAGGAGUGUGUGACAAUGGUGUUUGCGAGUUCCGUUGCUCUGAUUAUGCUGGCUACACAUGUCAGAACAGCUCUAAACUAGUAACAAGUUUACUGGUAUGCAAAAAUGUGUUGGAGAGAGACAUGUUGGGGCAACAUUGUGCUCCACGAGAACCUAGCAUACUUCAGCAGCUUGAGGAAGUUGUGGUCAUGCCCAACUACAAUAGGCUUUUUCCAGGCGGGGCUCGGAAAUUGUUUAACAUUUUUGGUAACAGCUAUUGUGAUGAGGCAGCGAAAAGACUAGCAUGUUGGAUAUCGAUCCAGAAGUGUGAUAUUGAUGGAGACGAUAGAUUACGGGUAUGCCAUUCAGCAUGUCAGUCCUAUAAUGUGGCGUGUGGGGCUUCCUUAGACUGCUCGGAUCAAACACUUUUCAGCACAGCGGAAGAAGGCGAUGCUGAAUGUACGGGAUCUGCCGAGAUCAGAUCGCCAUGGUUUACCCGUUUGUGGAGUAAACUGUUAGCAAGUAACUAGGAACAAUUCGUGUGUAGAACGCAAAAUUUGUGUGUUCAAGGUAGAUAGUGAGGCAGAGUUAUUAUUCCAAGCUGUAAUUUUUCUAGGGUUUAUGAAGGUAAGGAGCGGGCAAAAUGACACCACCGUGUUACACACGUAAGUUAGGGGUCUUUUGCCUUAGCCCACCUAAUAGAUUAAUUAGAGUCUUUUGUCCGUCUUUCGAGUAUUAUGUAUCGAAUAUAUAUGUUAUAGAACAAAUGAAUUUAUAGGCCGAAGGCCUAUCAAAUGAAAAGAAAAGUGAAAUCUCUGUUCAUCGUCUC